AUGCCAGAGUAUACGCUACUGGCUGAUAAUAUAAGGGAAAAUAUUGUCCAUUUCGAUCCGAAUGAUUUAUUCGAUAACUUGCAUACCAUUGUCCAUGAAGAUGACAGCCAAGAGAACGAGGAGGCGGAGCAUUUCAAUUAUGACCAGGUUUUGGAUAAAUCUCUAUUGUCAAGAAGUUCUAUUGUCGGUCUCGGUUUAGGAUUAAUGAGUCCAGUACUAGGUAUGUGCACUAGUAUGGCCAUUGGGCUAAUUAAUGGCGGUCCGUUGACUAUAAUGCUAGGUUUCUUAAUCAGCGGAGUGUGUAUAUGGUUUUCAUCGCUUUCUCUUGGUGAGAUUGUUUCAAAAUUUCCAAUGGAACUGCAUGUCGGUAGUGCCAUGUUGGCCCCAGAGAAGCUGAAAUUAGUAUGUUCAUGGUACACUGGUUGGUUAAUGCUCAUAGGGAAUUGGACUAUGAGCACCAGUAUUACUUUUGCAGGUGCACAACUAACCAUUUCUUUGAUUUUGAUGACAAACUCUGACCUAAUAUCUGAAGCACAUUUGAUUUUUUACACGGUCAUUGUAUUCUACUUAGUAGUGACUGUUGUAGGCCUCGUGAAUUUGAAAUUUGCAAGAUUCAUUGAAACAAUAAACAAGGUUUGUGUUUAUUGGAUCAUAUAUGCCAUUAUAUUUAUUGAUAUUCUUCUACUAGUAUUCCACAAAGGUAAGUUUAGAUCUUUGAAAUACGCACUAUUUCACUUUGAUAAUAAUCUGUCAGGGUACAAAAGCGCAUUUCUUUCCUUCAUCAUUGGGUUCCAACAAUCUAAUUUCACGUUGCAAGGUUUCAGUAUGUUACCUGCUUUAGCUGAUGAAGUCAAAGUCCCUGAAAGGGACAUUCCACGUGGUAUGUCGAAUGCGGUAUUGUUGUCUGCGUUUUCGGGGGUCAUUUUUCUUAUACCAAUAAUGCUGAUCCUUCCUGAUAAUGAUCUGCUCUUUACAAACCAUAAAGUUUUGCCAAUAGUGAACAUUUUCACAAAGUCAACUGAUUCAUUGGUCCUGUCUUUUUUUUUAGUGCUCUUAAUUUUAGGGAACCUAUUAUUUUCUGGAAUUGGCUCAAUUACUACGUCUUCUCGUGCUGUUUAUAGUUUUAGUCGUGACCAGGCUAUACCAUACUACGAUAAAUGGACGUAUGUCGAGCCAAAUUCUCAGUCAAAAGUUCCCAAAAAUUCUGUUGUGUUGAGUAUGGUAAUAUCAUACUUCCUGGGACUAUUAGCAUUAAUUUCGACAGCUGCAUUUAAUGCUUUUAUAGGUGCCGCUGUACUAUGUCUUUGUUCCGCAACUUUUAUUCCCUUAGUCUUGGUGUUGUUUACAAGAAGAAGAGCCAUUCAAAGUGCGCCAGUAAAAAUUAGGUAUAAGUUUGGUUGGUUCAUCAACAUCGUUUCUAUUGCGUGGUUAUUAUUAUCUAUGGUUUCUGUUUGCCUACCGACGCAAAUGCCUGUAACUUUCAAAACAAUGAAUUAUGCUUUAAUGGUCUACAUAUUCUGUAUUUUGGUUAUUACUGGUCUUUAUUUCAGAUGGGGCAAGUAUAAUUUUAGAUUGCCUUUGGCAGAUGACAUUAAGGCACCAAUUCCCAGCGAUCCGGAAGAAACUGUUUUUGAACUAGAAGAUAGUAAUGUUGAGCAUACUCUGAACUCUGGAGCUACAGUGAAAGAACCUGCAGGAGAAAACUCAGAAGAAAGCUUCAUGAAGAUACAUCCUAGGGAUAGUUCUGAAAAUCCCUUUGAAGAAAAUGAAGAAAAUGUGAUAACCGAUUAUAGUGAUGAGCAUUAUACAGGAGAACAAGGAUUUGAUCUUGCUGAUGAUCGUAGAUACGAUAUAUGA